ACUCCGAGGCGGCGACGGCUUGGGCGGACGGUGCACGGUGCGCAGGCGCGGUGCUAGACCUCGCUGCACCCCCGUCGCCACCGGGAGUCGCACCCACUGAGUCCGCCCGCUGGCGGGUCAGUACACUCGCCCUCCUCUGUCCUCCCGGGUUUCCACAGUGCCCUACGCACCCAGAUGGCGGAGCUGCGGCCUAGCGGCGCCCCCGGCCCCACCGCGCCCCCGGCCCCUGGCCCUACUGCCCCUCCGGCCUUCGCCUCGCUCUUCCCCCCGGGUCUGCACGCCAUCUACGGAGAGUGCCGCCGCCUUUACCCUGACCAGCCGAACCCCCUCCAGGUUACCGCUAUCGUCAAGUACUGGUUGGGUGGCCCAGACCCUUUGGACUAUGUUAGCAUGUACAGGAACAUGGGGAGCCCUUCUGCCAACAUUCCUGAGCACUGGCACUACAUCAGCUUUGGCCUGAGUGAUCUCUAUGGUGACAACAGAGUCCAUGAGUUUACUGGAACAGAUGGACCUAGUGGUUUUGGCUUUGAGUUGACAUUUCGCCUAAAGAGAGAAACCGGGGAGUCUGCCCCACCAACAUGGCCCGCAGAGCUAAUGCAGGGCCUGGCCCGAUAUGUGUUCCAGUCAGAGAACACCUUCUGCAGUGGGGACCAUGUAUCUUGGCAUAGCCCUUUGGAUAACAGUGAGUCAAGAAUUCAGCACAUGCUGCUGACAGAGGACCCACAGAUGCAGCCUGUACAGACACCCUUUGGGGUAGUUACCUUCCUCCAGAUUGUUGGCGUCUGCACCGAGGAGCUACACUCAGCCCAGCAGUGGAAUGGGCAGGGCAUCCUGGAACUGCUGCGGAUGGUGCCCGUCGCUGGUGGCCCCUGGCUGAUAACUGACAUGCGGAGGGGAGAGACCAUAUUUGAGAUCGAUCCACACCUGCAACAGGAGAGAGUUGACAAAGGCAUUGAGACAGACGGCUCCAACCUGAGCGGUGUCAGUGCCAAGUGUGCCUGGGAUGAUCUGAGCCGGCCCCCUGAGGACGAUGAAGACAGCCGGAGCAUCUGCAUUGGCACACAACCCCGACGGCUCUCUGGCAAAGACACAGAGCAGAUCCGAGAGACCCUGAGGAGAGGACUUGAGAUCAACAGCAAACCUGUCCUUCCACCCAUCAACCCUCAGAUCAACCCUCAGCGGCAGAAUGGCCUCACCCAUGACCGGGCCCCGAGCCGCAAAGACAGCCUGGAAAGUGACAGCUCCACGACCAUUAUUCCCCACGAGCUCAUACGCACGCGACAACUGGAGAGCGUACAUCUGAAAUUCAACCAGGAGUCAGGAGCUCUCAUUCCUCUCUGCCUAAGGGGCAGGCUCCUGCAUGGACGGCACUUUACAUAUAAAAGUAUCACGGGUGAUAUGGCCAUCACAUUUGUCUCCACGGGAGUGGAAGGUGCCUUUGCCACUGAGGAGCAUCCUUACGCAGCUCAUGGACCCUGGUUACAAAUUUUGUUGACUGAAGAGUUUGUAGAGAAAAUGUUGGAGGACUUAGAAGAUUUGACUUCUCCAGAGGAAUUCAAACUUCCCAAAGAGUACAGCUGGCCUGAAAAGAAGCUCAAAGUCUCCAUCCUUCCGGAUGUGGUGUUCGACAGUCCUCUGCACUAGCCUGGGCUGGGCCCUGCUGGGGCCAAGGGAGCCCAGCUGCUCUCUAGUGACUUCUGGUAUAACAACUGCAUAAAAGGACAAGCGUGAGGACGACUGUGCAACUGCCACGCAUGGCCACAGGCCCCCACCUCACUUCCAGUUCAGGGGCCUUGCCCCCCAGCCAGCCAAGCCCACCUGACCAGGCCCUCGUCCCACUGGGCCAGUGAGCAGGCACAUGCAAACCCUCCCCACCUCCUGGCACCACAGGUUCUGGUUUGAGAUUUGACUCUGGACCCUUGAUGUGCCCUUGGGUGGAGACAGGCCUUGUCCUCAUCUACCCCUGCCACCCAGCCUGGUGCAGAGUACAUGUGGGUGGCUGCCCAGUUCAGCCCCUCACAUCUUUGCUCAUUCAGCUGCUCCAGCCAUGGAACGAUCCCUAUGAUCACGUUUGAUUUUCUUCCUUAUUUUAUUUUGUAGAAACCAAAUCAUAUUUUAUAGCAUGGCAAAGAUGUCCAGAAGCCAUCUGUAUAAUGUUUUUUAAACAGAACUUUAUUCCCAGGUGAACUUUCUCAUUCUCUCAGACAGGGGCCUGGGGCUCUGUCGGCCCCUGUGCCUCCACCAGAGGAGGAGCCCAGAUCCUGGAGCAGUCCCUGCUUCCCAGAGGAACUUUUCUUCCUAUCUGGGCCGGAGGAGCCUGGACACUCUACAUACAGCCUCGAGCCCAGUUAAGCUGGUGCCAGGAAGCAGUGCUGCUGCUAUUUUCCAAGUGAACUUGGCCCCCACAAGGUUCAGGGGUCUUCAGGGACUCGAAGAUUUGGUGGCCCCAGUCUCAACUUCCAGACCUUUCCCACGACCAGGCCUACCAGGAGAAGGCAAAACACACCAUAUUGUACACCUCACAGACCAUUGCCAUCUGCUACUCAGGGCCUAGGUCUCCCUGUCCCCUUUCCUCAUCCUCUAGGCUUGCCAGCACCCAGGCUGCAGGACUUUGGCUUAUUAAAAAUUGAAAAAUCAGUCUUUCACCAUUUCUUUCACUUUGAUUUUGCUUAUACUGCUCUCUGCCAGCCCACCCAGCCCUGCCCCAAUCUUCCCUGCAUCCAUUCUUUUCUCGUUUUUCAUCCUCUGUUCAUUGUCCUGUCUCCUUUCUGCAUCCUGGCCUCUUGUGGUGCUUUGUCCCUCAACCCCAGUACUGCAGAUCUCACAGUUUGCCUUCUGGAAGCCAACCUAUCUCUGGCCCACUCUUCUGGAGUUCUCUUGAGUUGUCUCACACUUCUGACCUGGAAUUAGCAAGCCCCUUUCCUGUCCUCUUAGCCUCUAGGGAACUUCCAAAAUCACCCUUCAGACCUCUCCAAAGUAAAGUUUUGUUUGUCAUGGACCACACAGGGCUCCUCCCUGGCUCUGUUUGGCUCCACCACUCACAUGGGCACUACCUCAGGUACAUCAGGAGGCCCAUAGUACAGAAUCCCUCUGAUGAGAUAUCCAGCCUCCAAGAGCUGCCUUCAAGGUCAUGAAGGUUGGCUGGGCUCUCCAAGGAACAAGAGUUGAACUUCACAAAGGGGCCACUAGGCCCAGACCCUUCUAUACAACUCCAGGGUUAUCCUGUUAAGGCUGCUAAGCUCAGAAUGCCAAGGCAGAUAGCCUGAAGUAUGUGGGAGAGACUGGCCUCAGGCCCCUCCAGCCAGGAAACAAGCCUCUCUGGACUAUGCCUGCUGCCCUGAAGACUUUCCCCAAAGGGUGCUGGCUGACCUUCAUCCACCCUGGCAGCUCUGCCUCUGAAGCUCUUGUCUUCUGACAUUUCAUGGUCAGAGAGGCACCUUCAUGAAUUUGCCAUCCUGCCAUCCCAACCAGCAUCUCCCCAAAUUCUGCCUUCCUGGGAACUGCCUAAGGGAUCCCUGCUACCGCUUACCCUACCUCUGUCUGCCUACUUUGGGGAGGGGGUGCGUUUUCUGAGCUAAGUUUUGUCAUCGGUAUGCGAAACAUCUGAUCAACAACUUGCCCCAGGCCUACAGGACCUUUGUAGACUGAUGGCAUCACCAGCUUGGUGGCCCUGAGCUUGGAGAAGUUGGGAAUGGCAGGAGGGAACAGGAAAGCUCUGGAUGAUAAGCCCAGGAAGCCUGGGGCCCCUUUCUGCCCCCACCAUAUUAGGAGCCUCAUGAACAUCCAAGAUCCUGCUGGUGCCGAGCACCCAUUAUUUCUCUAAAGAACAGUGACUCCAGGAGAGGGAAAGGCCUCAGCCAUUGCUCACCAGGUCUUUCCUGUGGACUCUGAGGUUUCUCAGGGAGGAGGUUUUCCAAUGAGCUACUGGCUGGUGAGAGGGGACCCUGACAGGAUCAAGCAAACCUGACCUUAUAUGGUCCCCAGCACAGCUUCCAGCACAGCUUCCAGCACAUGGUGGGUACUCAGUAAAUGGACUCCUUCUUCCCUCCCUGCAGCUCAUAUGGGUCAAGGAGGCAGGGACCCUCCCUUUGUCUCCCUCUAUCUGCCCCUUCUGCAGGCUUGCUCAGUCCUACCCCAUCUUUCCAGGUCCCUGGUAUUGAAAACUUCAGAGAAGGGGUUCCCUGCUUGCUAUACCUGCUGCUAUCUAAGGCAGACUUCUGUGGCUGCCAAGGUCCACUCUGGGCUGCAAGAGGAUGACUGCCAUUCUGAGGGGACAAGGACGCUCUGCAAGGUCUUUGGCCUGGCAGGGAAGUUGGUGCCUCCUAUUCGUCCAUAGGCAAGGCUCUGGGCCAGGGACUAGGAAGCCUUUGGGUGAGUCUAAAAGGGCUAGAAAAUUCUUAAAACCAGACCCAAGGUCUUGGGAUGGUUUUGGAGACUGAGUUGAGAGUGGGGAGAAAAACUGAAGGUUGGUGCCCCUAUGGGGCGACCAGUGGAGAACUCCCUGGACUGUAUUUUUUAAUCUGAUCUUCCCUCUCUGCCUUCCAGGACGCCUAUGCCAGGUGAGGUGCCUGGGUUCCUGUUACAAGUCAGGAGCCCUGUAGGAAGGCCCCGCCUUUUGUAUAAGUACCUGAAUGCUGCAAGAAGCAGACUUUUGUAAAUUUUAUAUUAGUUUUUAAUGUCAGUGGUGACUCCAUUCCUGGGGCUGCAGCCAGCCUGGGGCUUUUGUAAGAAUUUUUGAGUGACUCACUUAGAUGUUGUUCCUUCUUGCCCCUCUUCCUCUGUGUAAUCUAAGUGCAUUAAACAUAUUUGCAGAA